AUGACGACACCAACCGAUACUGCGAUGCCGGACAAGGGCAAGAAUGUGGAGCGUGGUACGCUGGGGAAAUACGUGAAGAGAAUGAGCACUGUGUUCAAGAGGGAGAAAUCGAGCAAGAGUGUGCCAACGGUAGCGCCUGAAGCUUCUUCCGCCCCUCAAGUUGAGCAACAACAGCCCGUCGUGAAGGAAGUCGCGAAAGAUGACAAAGUGAAACCGGACGUUAUACCUGCCACGCCCGUCAGUCCCAGAGUAUCGGCACCAUCAAGCCCAACCACCAAGGAAAUGGAUCGCAACGCUAUGCAGCAGGAAAGAGCUCGUGCCUUGUUCGCAAAGUACGGCCUCACUCUAGAGUCGCAUGAGUGGAUCGCUGCGCCAGCGCCCAAGUCUACUGUGCAGCGGGUGGAGAAGUCGAUUCGUAUGCGUGUGCACCGCAGCUGCCAUCGCUGCGGAGCCCUCUACGGCUCUGACAGGGUGUGCCUGCAAUGCGAGCACAAGCGAUGCAAGAAAUGUCCUCGGUACCCGAAGAAGAAGACGCCCGAGGAGAAGCAGGCUGAGAAAGAGGGCAUGGAGCAGCCAAAGAGAAAGAGAAUACUCACUAUACGCACGCGAGGCGGAGACGAGCUCGUAUAUCAGCCCGCGAGGCAACGCAUCAGACGUACCUGCCACGUAUGCGAGAAACUCUUCGAGCCCGCAACGGCAAACGUUUGCGAUCAAUGUCAGCAUGUCCGGUGUACCAAAUGUCCACGUGAGCCGGCCAAGCUCAAUAAAUGGCCUAAUGGGUAUCCAGGCGAUGCUGAGCCUGACAGCGAGACGGAGGUGGAAAAGCAGCUUGAGAAGUUCAGGAGGACUUGGCGAAAGCCGAGGCAGAGGGUACGAUGGCAGUGUGAAAAGUGCAACGGCCUCUUCCACAACAAUUCGCCGCAAUGUCCUGGGUGCGGGCAUGAGAGAUGUGACAAGUGUACAAGAUCACCUGUCAAGAGGCUUGAAAAGGGAGAACAUUUCGAUGCUCAGGUCGUUGCGGCUGUAGAAGCUAAGCUGCGAGCUAUGGAUGUCGAUGACGAUUCGCCUUCAUCCGCAGCUGAGGCUACGUGA